AUGGGCUCGGUCAAAUAUACUCCUCCUCCUACACCAUCACCCCCAGCAUCUUGUUACGCCAUGAGUGACGACGAGGAAGAUGAAUACAACACUAUCGCCCAGGCUGCCUCGAGCAGAGGGGUUAAGCUGCUCUUCUCCAAAAGCAAAGUCUAUGUUCAUCCAACUUCCUCCUCCAAAGAUAAUAUCCCUGGCUUCAUCGCCCUCAUACAGCAAAAACCCGUCCCCGCAUCACAUGCCUUCGCACCUCAUUCCAAGCACCCCGAUACACCCUCCUACCUGCUCGCAUGGGUUCCGGAGUCUUCCCUUGGAGAGGCAUAUGACACGUAUGUGAAAGUAGAUCUCUGCGAAGGCGAUUCCCCGCCGCGCCAGAAAUACCUCGUUCCGCCACUUCCGACCACUACCUCCUACAGAGAUCCCAUCGGGUUGUAUUCCUUUGCAAUCCCGCUAUCAGAGAUAUAUUCGCUCUUAGUACGACCGCCAAGUUUGGGAUGGUGGUUCGGGAGUCUAGUGAUCAACACCCGAGCAGGCGAUGGUUUCCCGGCGCUAUUCUUCCAUGAUGACGAAUGCGAGUCAACUAUCUUACAAAAGAAGAAGAGAGUCAGGGAAAGCUUCGAUCCCUUUGGAAAUGAAGGGGGUUUGUUCUGGGGCGGUGAUGAGGUUUUGCGGUGGCUACGGAAGUAUGCGGAGGUGCAGCGCUCCGCAGUCGACCGCAACGUCUACCUCAUCAACCCAUCGGAGGAAGAUUCACUGUCAUUUGGACGGCCGAUGAACCAUGGUGAUCCAUCGUUUUCAUCCAAGGCACAUCCUGGAGCUGCUACCGCUGGGUCUAGCCGGGCCGGGCCGCCCGAUGCUGGCAUGGAUCCAUUCAUGAAGACUCUCAAGGAAACCCGGUGGAAAGUGCUGGAACAGCUCAGCAAAAUCACGACAUUCACGCGAAGGACUGCGAAUGAUAUUGCAGAAAAUUCUCUGAUACCGCCUCAGAUGCGCCGCCUAAUGAAGAAUCCAGAGAUUCAAACGUUGCAAGAUGAGUUUGACAGCGCCAGGGUCUACCUGGCCCGCUGGGCUAUGAGUGUUGCUGAACAGAGCGAUAAAGAGCGAAAUCAGCGUAUAUGGACUGCACAAGAUAUGUUGGAAAUGGAAAAUAGCUCCGUCGGUGACUUUGAGAUCCUAGAGUUGGAGACCGGCAACCUGGCUCUCCAGGAGCGACGCCGUGUUCUCCAUCUGGCUGAAUGGGAGGGCUUCUUCGACCCCAUAUCGGGCAGACUUCAAGUGACAGUGGAAGAAGUCAAGGAGCGGGUCUUCCAUGGUGGCUUGGAUCCCAAUGAUGGCGUCAGGAAGGAGGCUUGGCUUUUCCUUCUCGGGGUGUAUCAGUGGGAUAGUACCCGCGAGGAGCGCCUAGCGAUGAUGAAUUCCAAGCGCGAUGAGUAUAUCCGGUUGAAGGCCGGGUGGUGGGAGAGAAUGGUUGAGGGCAAUUCAACGGCAGAGGAAUUUGAUCAUUGGAAAGAGCAGAAGAAUCGGAUAGGUGAGAUCAGAAACUACACUCGCCCCGUGGACAUGUCACAUACUUACAUAUGGCUACAGAAAAGGAUGUUCACCGCACCGACCGGAACAUUCCUUUGUUCGCGGGCGAAGAUAUCCCUCAUCCCGAUCCCGAUUCCCCCCUUUGCCGAGACGGGUACCAAUGUGCAUCUGGAGCAGAUGAAGGACAUGCUCCUGACGUACAACGAACUUAACCCAGACUUGGGCUAUGUUCAAGGAAUGAGUGAUCUCCUGGCGCCAAUUUAUGCCGUGAUGCAAGAUGACGCUGUCGCUUUCUGGGCGUUCGUCGGGUUCAUGGAUCGAAUGGAACAUAACUUCCUUCGCGAUCAAUCUGGAAUGCGCGGCCAGCUGCUGGCCCUGGAUAACCUCGUCCAGCUCAUGGACCCCCAGCUCUACUUGCAUCUGCAGUCCGCCGAGAGCACCAACUUCUUUUUCUUCUUCCGCAUGUUGUUGGUGUGGUAUAAACGAGAGUUCGACUGGAGCGACGUCCUGCGCUUAUGGGAAACAUUGUGGACGGAUUAUUUCUCCAGCAGUUUCCAUCUCUUCAUUGCGCUAGCGAUACUGGAGAAGCACCGCGAUGUCAUUAUGGAUCAUCUCAAGCACUUUGACGAAGUGCUCAAAUACAUUAACGAACUGUCCAACACAAUGGAGCUCUUGCCCAUCCUUACCCCCGCAGAAUCACUCUUCCACCGUUUCGAGCGUUCCGUGCAAGCCAUCGACAAGAAGGAUAACUUUCCUACUGCGCCAAGUGCCCACCAGCGUCGGCCAGGCGCGACUAGCCAGGAUUCUUCAGCCAGCAACAAGGGCAAGUCCCCCGAAUCUACAAUCGGAGCAAGCAGUGGUGUCAGCGCCGGGCCCUCGGCUCUUCAAAGGGCAAUUGAUGCCGAUAAGCCGAAGGUAAUCUCUCCAGCGCUGCGCGAAUUAUUUCGGAAAGACAUCCCAUGGAAACGCCAACCGACUUCGUGA